GGACAAGCACAGCAGAAAUGAGCACUUAGUGGAGGAGGCAGAACUCCUCAGGAGAAAGGCUCAGCUGCUCGACCAGUCGCAGGCUGAAAAUGAGGAGCUAAAGGAACAGCUCUGUGUUUUGAACGCUCAGUAUAGUUCAGUUCUGGAGGAGAACCAGCGACUCCGUGCAAAGCUGGAGAACCUAGAGCAGGUCCUAAAGCACAUGCGAGAGGUCGCCGAGCGCAGGCAGCAGCUGGAAUUGGAGCAUGAGCAGGCACUGGCUAUCCUCACGUUCAAACAGGAUGAAAUCAAGCGACUCCAGCGGGCUCAGUUAUUUGCUAAAAGAGAACAUGAAGGUGUCGUGCAGAUGCUGGAGAAUACACUGGACUGCAUGCAGGCAAAAGUUCGUGAGCUGGAGGAGAAAUGCCGCAGUCAGAGCGAGCAGUUCGGGAUGCUGUCACAGGAACUGGACAAAUUCAGGGUUCAGGCCUCAAAUAUCGACCUGUCGGGCCCCAGCCUGACCCAGCUGACCAAUGGGGUCGGCCUGUCCGGCACAAAUGCCUCAUGGGAAGACAUCGCGUUCUGGAGUUUGGAGGGUAAUGAAGCCCUCUGUGACACCUCUGAGCUUGAUGUGGCUGCGGCUUUGCGGACGGGCUCCACUCCACACGCAGCUGAACUGUCACGUCCCGAACGCUCACCGACCGUCAAACACAGAGAGCUAAUGCAGACAUCUUUUUAA